AUGGUAGGCGGAACGAUGGUACCGGCACUGGUAGCUGUGCAGGUGGUGGCGGAGCGUUGCUGGCGAGCCGCAGCGGCGUCGGCACCUGCCUUCCGGGCGGUAGCAAUGAUCUCGCGAGCCAGGUUGGCUGUUGCGUCAGGACCCUUCGGCGCAAACGGAGAACGCCCAAUAGCGCUAAGUUUUCGGAUCAGCGAGAUCAAUAACAGAGAUGUCCGCAACUACCUUGUCGCUUACCUGUCCUCCUGGCUGAUCAAUGGCUGCAAAACCGAGGUCAUCUCUUCCACAGAUGACUCGUUGUCGGAGCCGGCCGCGUCCAAAGCCGAUCAAGUCUGCCCUGCCGUCCCAUCCAUAGGGUUAAACUUCCCAUCGAGCAGUCCGAUCGGUCAUCAAGGCCUUGAAAGCGCUGAGAGCUUCCACAUCUGCGGACCUGGCGGAUCGCCACAGGAACGGUUUGAUCAGGCCGCCGGUAUAGCCUGUCAGCUCCGAGUAUUCCUCCUCGUUGUAGUUGAUGGUCGACGACAUUCCGUAGAAAAUGGCGGGUCUGCGUUUUACGCCUCAUAUCGGCGUACUGUCCAAGGCUCAUUUGUCGCGCGGCUCACCGAGGGGCGCGCAUUUGCAAGUGAUAGAAAGGGGAAGAUCGUGAACGGAGUCCUUGCGCUAUACGUUUCGCCCCGCUGUAGUAUGUACUGCCAGUUGGACACUGAGCCGACCGUACAUAAUGCCUCCUACCCAAUGUCUUCCGCGAGAUUGCGAGGUCGCCAAAGUGGGUUGAUUUUCGUGCUGCACUAUGUAGUAUAUGUAAAGUCAUUCUGCCUGAUCUGCGUCGUAGCUCUGACACGCACUGGUUCUGUGGCUCUGAAUUGA